UUUUACUACAACAUAGGUAUUUGUUAAAAAAACACUUUUAUUUUUGCGGGUUGUGAAGGGUUUAAGCAGGGUUUUGAAUCCAAGUAACAGAUGAAUCAGUUUCUGAGAAAGGCUUUAAUCUAUUCUAGCCAGAACCCAGCAUUUCGGACCCUAGCUUAUGCGGCUUCCGGGUCGGGUCUUCUCUAUGGUUUUAUCAGCAAUUCAGAUUCUGAUGUAUCACUAUCAAUCUCAGAGGCUUUGAUCUCUUUGCGUCCUUCAUCGGAGUUCGGUAAUCAGCCGAUAUAUUUAUCCAGAGUUAGUCCUGUUCCAGCGGCGGAUAUAAGCAAAGAGACUUCUGGUUUUGUUGGAGAUGCUCCAAAACCAUGCUGUGGAUGUUUGGGUAGGGAUACUAUAGCCAAUGCGGCUGCUAAGGUCGGUCCUGCUGUUGUUAAUCUAUAUGUUCCACAAGGAUUUUAUGGGGUUGGCAGCAAGAGAGGCUCUGGAACUAUUAUCGAUUCAGAAGGCACUAUUUUAACUUGUGCUCAUGUUGUGGUGGAUUUUCAACGCUUGAGGGCUUCAUCCAAAGGCAAGGUAGAUGUGACUUUGCAAGAUGGUCGCACAUUUAAGGGUACUGUGAUUAAUGCUGAUUUACAUUCUGAUAUUGCUAUCGUAAAGAUAAAAUCAAAAACUCCACUACCUACGGCAAAGCUUGGAUCUUCAAGUAAGCUUCGCCCUGGGGACUGGGUAAUAGCUAUGGGUUGCCCACUUUCACUUCAAAAUACUGUUACAGCUGGUAUUAUAAGCUGUGUUGAUCGUAAAAGCAGCGACAUGGGUCUUGGAGGUAUGCGAAGAGAGUAUUUACAGACAGAUUGCGCAAUCAAUGCAGGAAAUUCCGGUGGGCCACUUGUCAAUAUUGAUGGAGAAAUUGUCGGUGUUAAUAUAAUGAAAGUACAGAGUGCAGAUGGAUUAGGUUUUUCUGUACCAGUUGACUCGGUGACAAAAAUCAUAGAGCAUUUCAAGAAGAGCGGGAGAGUGGUUAGGCCUUGGCUUGGCUUGAAAAUGAUUGACCUCAAUGACAUGAUCAUUGCUCAACUUAAAGAGAGAGAUGCGAGAUUCCCUAAUGUUGAUAAAGGCGUUCUUGUACCUAUGGUAACACCGGCUUCCCCUGCAGAUCGUGCAGGAUUCCAACCUGGGGAUGUUGUAAUUGAAUUUGACACGAAGCCCGUUGAAAGCAUCAAGGAGAUAAUUGAAAUUAUGGAGGAUAGGAUCGGAAUUCCCGUGAAGGUAGUGGUGAAGAGACCGAAUAAUAUUUUGGUCACUCUAACUGUUAUACCAGAGGAGGCAAAUCCAGAUAUAUGAAUAACAUUUAUUUCUGUCUUGCUGAAACUUGCUAAACAUUUAACUUCAGUUUGUCAAAAUAGUACAGAUAAAUCCAGAUUUUGAUGUAUCAAAAUUACUGUAAGUUUAUUCCAUAUCACAUGAGACCGGAAUAGGCUUAUAAACUAAUUGUGAAUUUCUUGAAAUAUAAUAGAUUUAUUUGAAUAA